AUGAACAAAUGCAGCGAAUGGGCCAGCAGCAUGGGGGUGACUUCCUUGGUCUUGGAAGGACAGCCGAAGAAGGUGAACCACAACUUCCUCGUGCACUUUGCGGAAUCCUUGGGCUGGGAACUGCCCCUCUACAAAGAGAAGCUGGAGCUCAAAAACGAGACUGCCUACCUGAGGACCUGGGAGCGGCUCCGGAAUUGCGAGGAGCGGCACUUCGCGGGCCUGGCGCCCUGCCGGGCCCUGCUCUCCUCGGAGCUCUUCACCGAGGCCCAGACGGAGGUUUGGCGGUCCUUGUUUGAGAAGCUCCCCAAGUGGGACGUGCGGGUCUUGGUCUUCCAUCGCUACUAUCCAGCCUGGCUACUGUCGCUCUACGGGGAGUAUCAAAGGGACUACAUGGUGGACACAGCCCACAACCCCAUGUCCCUGUUGGAGUUUGCAUUGGAAGGACCGGGCGCACAGCUGUCACCCCGGCGCACCCUCGAACGCAUCCAAGACGCGUUCGGCGCCUGCAAGGGCGGGGACACAGCGCAGUGCAGUGUGCAAGGUGCUUCCUAUGACCUCUUCCAGCAUCAAGGUUACGACCAAUACGAAUACGUCCUCCUCAAUGUGACGCUGGCGCUUCGCGGCAAGGAGUUUCGGGCAGCCAACCGGAGCCUCUGGGAGAGAUGCCCGGAGCGGAGCCUCAUCCACGCCUCGCCGGCCAACCUGACACUGGCUGUGGAUAUCGUCCGGCUUCUCAAGAAUUCCCACCAAGCACGAGGCUGCACGGCUCCAUUCCUGCUCUCCGCCUCGAAUAAGGAAGUCUUGGAUCUUGCCAACAAGGAGCUUUUGCCCGUGGUGUGCAUGGACAUCGGCAACCUCCUGGCGGAUGACUCGGCGAGGUGGUUUGAGAAUGCACGCCUGGCACCUCCGACGUACCACAAGGACUCGCAAUUCUGCCAGAUCAAGCAGCAGGCGCUGAAGCCAGAGCACUGGCAAGCGAUGCAUGCGCUCAUCGGCACCUGUGACGGCGACACAGCAGAAGUCAAGCCUUCGGAAGCCGAGGAAGCCGAGGAUGUGGAGGAUGUGGAGGAUGGUGAGGAAGCCGGAGAUGCCGAUGCCGGAGAUGCCGAUGCCGGAGAUGCCGGAGAUGCCGGAGAUGCUGAGGUCGGCACGGAGGGCGCGAAGGGCAUCAGAAGCAUCAGAAACAUCAGAAAGCGCUCGUGGAUGGCGAGGAGCUUGGAAGGGAAGGGCCUCAGUGACCAGAGCCACUUCGGCCGCAGCUUGGUCGGAGGCGCUUUGGGCAUCGAGGGUGCGAAGGCGAAAGUGGAUUCCGUGGAUUUCUCGGAGCGUUCCUUCGCCGCACCCCUGCCCGGCCUGCCCGGCCUGCCGCUGAGCUCCAGGGACUCCAGCCUGCCGCUGAGCUCCAGUCUGGGCGCUUCGAGCAGAUCGAGCGAUAGCACAGGCACAAGCAUCUUCGGGGAGCCUGCGCAAGCUUCCGAUGAUCGCUUCUCCCCGAACUUUGCGGACUCGGCCGGUGGCCUUCCGGGGCUUUUCCAGCCCUUGGAGACCUCAUCUGAGCUGAGCCAGCUGCAGCUGGCCACGGCAGUGACGAAGCACAAACACACGAAGCACACGAAGCACAUGAAGCAAAGGAAGCAAGACAAACAGGGAUCGAAUCCGGCCGGCAUCAUGCGGGUUCAGCUUCCGCAAGCACGUGGCCUCAAUGAAUACGAGAGGAAAGCGGUAGAUCCAGGGUCAAGGGUGAUGGCCAAGACGGCCAAGACGGCCAAGACGGCCAAGACGGCCAAGACGGCCAAGACGGCCACGUUCUCGCAGGCACGCCAGGCACAGAGGAUGCAGAGGACGCAGAGGAUGCAGAAGGGCGCGACAGUGGCGACAGUUGCGAAAACUUCGAGAGCUCCUCCCAAAGCCUCUUAUAGACCGAGGGCCCAUGAACCCCGCUUUGGGAAGAGUGAGGCGCCCGUGCCUGCGGCGCCUGAGGCCCCUGAACACACUGAAGCCUCCGCAGUCGAUGAAGUCCCUGAAGCCGAUGAAGCCGAUGAAGCCGCUGAAGCUGCUGAAGUCUCUGAUGCCGAUGAAGCCGCUGAAGUCCCUGAAGUCGUUGAAGAUGCCGAUGCUCAGCUAGAGUUGACGCGCUUGACCAAGGCCUCGACGGGUCUGGACGAGGACGCGGCAAGUGCGGAGAGCGCGGAAAGUGCGGAGAGCGCGGAGAGCGCGGAGAGCGCGGAGAGCGCGGAGAGCGUGGAGAGCGUGGAGAGCGAAGCGCAUGACGGGCUGCUGGACCACCUCGAUGGCCUCCCGAAGCAAAAGCCGGGAGUGCCUGGCCUCGCGGGCGUCUUCAGCGACGAGCAAGGCCGUCCAACUGCAGGCCUCCCCGUCGUCAAGGUCCUUGAGACAUCUACUGUCUGA